AUAUAUACAUAUAUCAUUGCAAUAAUAAAUAAACAUAAAACAUAAAACUGUCUUUUCGUUUUCCCAAAGAAACAUUCCUAGGAAUCUACUCUAGCUAUAAGUAGUUCAUUUUUUCUCUAUAUAUAUACCACAAAUUAAUCAUUUUGCUUCUAAUUGUCUCAACGCUUACACCAUUCAUCGAUAUCUCAGCAAGUAUAUUAAAAAUUAAGAAGCUGUGUGUGUGUGUGUGUGUGUGUGAUUCAUGGAUGUCUCUAUUACCAAAUCGAUUUGUGUCUACCCAAAACUAAUUUCUGAUGAUCCUCCCAAAAUCCUGACUCUGUCUAAUUUAGAUAGACAGUGUCCAAGUCUUAUGUAUAUGGUUUUCUUCUACAAAUCCUUUGAUAAUGGUCACUUAAUAGAUUCUGUGUUUAGCCGGCUUGAAUCCAGCUUGGAAGCUACACUCUCCACUUGGUAUCCGGCUGCGGGCAGGCUGAGCUUCAGUGAUGGUGAUGAUGGGAAAUUACUACUUAAUAUACUGUGUAACAAUGCUGGUGCAAUUCUUGUUCAGGCUGUGACUCAAGUCAAGAUUUCUGAACUCGGAGAUCUUUCUGUCUACAAUGAUUUCUUCGAGAACUUGGUUUUCAAGCCAGCUACCACUACCACUACUGAUGGGAAUAUCACCGAGAUGCCUUUGCUUGUUGCCCAGGUGACAAAAUUUGAAUGUGGAGGGUACUCAAUUGGGAUGGGAAGCAGUCAUUCGGUGUUUGAUGGGAUAUCGGCAUUUGAAUUCUUCAAGGCAUGGGCUCGGGAGAGUCAAUUAGGGGGGAGUAAAGGCGCAGAAGCAGUAGUGCAUGAAAGGGGGAAGGCCUUGUUGUUGAUGCAGAAUAUUGAGAUUAAUCCUCAUUAUUCCACAAUCUCAAAUAAUAAUAUUAAUCCAACAGCAAUCCAUCAUUUGUAUCAACUCAUUAGCCAGAAACAGCAGCAGGCGUUAUUAAUUACUAGUGACGAUGAUCAAGAAACUAAUAAUAACACUGAUGAUCUUGUUUUCAAGACCUUUCGUGUGAGCUCUGCAAUGAUCCAAAGCCUCAGGAACAAAGUCGCUUUUGGUGGGGAUAAUCCUCAGAAAACAGACAAGCUUUUGUCUUGUUCGUCCUUCCAACUACUUGCAGCUCACCUCUGGAAGGUAAGGACGAAAGCACUUGGAGUAGAAAGAGAGAGAAAGGUGUGCCUACAGUUUGCAGUAGACAUAAGAAAGAAGAUGGUGCCGCCACUACCAAAGGGGUUUAGUGGAAAUGGUUACGUGCUUGCAUCUAUUAUAACCACGGCUGGAGAGUUGGAGGAACAGAGUCACCGAUACAUAAUAGAAAGAAUCAAUGAAACAAAGAAUAGCAUAAACGAAGAAUAUGUGAAGGCGUACAUUAAGGCUCUUCAAGCAAAAGAGCAGGGCACUACUAGUACUCUGCCCCCAUUGCCAGAACUAACUGUUGUAUCUGAUUGGACAAGGAUCCCUUUUCACACUGUAGAUUUCUUUGGUGAAGAAGCAGUUUACGCCUCACCACUCAUCCCUCCAGUCCCUCAUGUUGCUUAUUUCAUGCAGAAUCCUGUUCACACUGGGGCCGUCGAUCUCAGGAUUGGAUUGCUCCCAUCUUUACUCCCUCACUUUUCACACCACUUUCUCAACAUAUAGUUACAAUUCUUCCUUUUCUAUGUAUUUUGUGUGUGUGCUGCAUUGCAUGUUUUUUUUUUUUUUUUUUCUUUCAUCCAAUUGUCAGUCGUCUUAUUAAUUAGGGUGGAAUUAAGCUCAUGAACAUGAGUAGUAGUUAAUUUCUCUUCACUAGACUACCAUGCUUGUUUGGUGAUGGUCAAUUAGAGUCUUCUGUCGGAUGCAUAUUAAUAAUAGCUAAUUACUGGGUUAAAUGUAUCUCAAGCAAGCAUAUGAAUUGCUUUCUGUCAAAAUCAUCAUCAUAUGCUACUUUUUGAUGUUUGUUUUCAGUUUUCUAAUAUGUUCAUAUCCAUUAAUAUCUGUUAAUUGAUGGAUAGCUAACUAAUAAACUGUAUAUUGGGUUUUUUGGCCCAAAUGUUUUUCCUUCAUCUGUGGCCCAAUACCAGCAUGUAACCGGCCCAUUUUGGAGCAAGCCCAUACUUGAAAAGCCCACGUGGAGAAUAGGACUUGACCCAAUUAAGAGGUAAAAUCGUGAAAAACGAUUAAUUUUCUCCACCUAAAAACUGAUCUCGCCCCUCUGCUUUUCCAUCCCCUUUUCUGGUCCGAUCUUUCCGCCGGAGAUCUGUGACACCAGUAUCUUGAUUCCUCGGUUUCCGUUGAAAUCAGUUCUUGGGUCUAUUAAAUAGACCUCUUCUUCGUGAGAGAAAAGGGACCAAGAAAAUUCAACCUACGUUACACCUUGUUCGUAAAUCUUUUCUUCGUGACUGAUUCGACUCUUUGUGAGUCUCAACUCUUUGUGAGUGUUUGGGUGUUGGGUUGAGUGCUGUGUGUGUUUGAUUUAUUCGAACUCUUGGUCCUUUGUGUGUUUGGGGUUUUUUUCGGGUUUUUCCGGUUAGAAAUCUGAGAGGGAUUUGGGCUAUUGGGCAUGUUCCGGUGGGUGCGUGGCUGCGGCUGGUGAGUCUUGGACGAGGACGGAUGGGAAUUGAGACUGAGCCGGAAACCUCAAUCGUCGGCAGAGAUUCAUCCUCCCACGAAUCUGUGUGAUUCGCCGUGGUUCUUCUUUCCCCUUUAUUACUCUAGUUUUUCCUUAUUAUUUGUGUUAUUUGUUUCCUACUUCUUUUUGCAAUUAUUCUGAUUUUCUUGUAGUCUUUAUAAUUGUUAUGAUUUGCAGUUGUUGUUAGGUUUAAAUAAUAUAAGUAAUAAUUAGAGUCCUGUACCCUUAUUCCCGUAAUUGUUUUGUUUUCG